UUUCGUCCACACCCGAUUCCUCCGUUCCACCGGCGACGACGCCAUGCCCGCUGUCAAACCAUCAGAGUGGGAUGCCAUGUCUGCCAAGGAGCAGUUGUUGUGGUAUCUGGAGAGGUUAUGUGCUCAGGCAGACGAGAUGAGCUCAGUGUUGGGUAUUGCAUCAGUGGGUGACCCUCCCGUGGUCACCUCGCUUGUCGAUCCGGCGGCCUCAACCACGACGGACGCCUCACCUACGCCCGUCCCCGACGUCUCCGGCUCCACCACCAAGCCCCAGGAAGUGCUCGAGGUCAUCCACGACGCGCCCCCUGCUUGCAUCGUGAUGGCGCACAUCACCUGUUCGACGGAUGGCUUGAACCAAGUUGUCGCCACCAACAGCGUCGACAAGGUCACCACCGUCUACCACGAGUCCGUCGUCGACCUCAGCGACAAGUUCGGCGCCCUCACCAUUCCUGUGAUGGGCAGCAUCAACCCGCCGCUCCACGUCCAGGUUCCGUCACGGAAGUCCGUCGCCGACAGCACCCGCGGCGUCGUUGUUGCAGGACCGGACGAGUACACACUUGUGGCGGCCACUCCAGACGUCGCCCUCGAGCUUGCCGUCCUCUCAAGCGUCUCCUUCCCCACCAACAAGGUCCAUGAGGUCCUUGUUGUCUCCCGCAGAGCGUCCCCUGUCUACAUCGGCAUGACGCCUUUCUCCUGUUCGACGAAAUGCUCCAACCAAGUUGGUGCCACUUCGUUCCCAUCUCCAGUCACGACGGCAUCGCUACUCCCAGCAGCCACACAUGAGCUCGUCGCCGACCUCGUUUAUCCUGCUACCAAGACUGUCAAUUCGAUGCAGCCGUUCCGGAAGCAUGACUUGGACAUCUCGCCGCACCCAAGCCACCAAGGCCUGCUGCUACGGCCGAUGCCAUGGCCAUCAUUUGCAGUCAGUGUGCCAUCAGAGGUCUGUCAUUCUAGUGUUGCCCAUUGGAACUUCUCGGUGACUACUUCUGUUUAUGGCCUUCAUACAUGGACAUUCAGGGCACAUCCAUUCCAGUUUGUCCAAUUGCUUGAUAUGAUUAGUAGCACCUUUCCUAUGGAAUCAUGUCACGCUGGAGAACUUGUGGGCAAUUACAAUGUACAAUGCAUCCGGAUAACCUCUAUCGAGCCCUUGUGCUUAUGGUCUUUGCAACAGAACAAUGUUGGUUCAUGUCACCGUAAGCACGCCAAGCUAUUUUCUUACAGUAAACAGUGGCCUUCGGAACGCUGUACAUGCAGUAUUAUUCUUGCUCUGGGAAUGCAUCAUCCUGGUCUUGCUCCUAUGGCUGUACAUCAGUUUCGGCGUGCGAAGAAACACAGUGCUUGGAACACGACGAGCUUUUUUGGUUUUCAGUUAAUACAGUGUGAGCCAGUGCUAUCUUUUGAUCUAGCUAACAUCACUGAACAAGGGCAGCACACUUUCUUGGUUUCCGCUGAGCCAAGCAAUUGUUGUGAGGCUGGAUCAAAGAGAGUGAAAUUCAACACUCUGUCUGUUUUCCCUAAUUGCUCUAAACAUUUCCAAUGGAAAGUUGCAUGGCCACUUAGUUCCAAGAGGAAAACAUCUACUAGCAGGCCUUGUCUUAUGCCAUGGUCGUCAUUUGCUUCCUCUCCUGAAGAAGUGAUUCUGAAGCAUACAGGGCUGCUACCGCAGGUUACAUAUGCGAUGCAGUAUUUAUCUCAUGAUCUGAAUUCUUGGAGAGCAUCCUUGAGGCAUUUGCCAAGUGCGCGACUGAAACCAUGUACUUAUGAGAAGUUGGCUUGUUGGAUCCCCAUGGCGCUGAGAGAUAUGCCAGUCCUGAGUCAGCCGAUAAUGCAAUUUAUGGGUGAUCUGAACCUGGGUGUUGUGGUAUGGCGUCUACUUAUCUGUUCUAUGGCUGCACAUCUAUUUCAGAACAUGCAGGAAAUAGGCGCUCUAAGCGCAGGAUGUUCGAACAAAUUUUUUCUUCAGUUCAUGCAAAUUGGGCCAUAUGAACUAGGCUGUGCUACUGUUAUUUACUUGCUUGAGGACUAUUUGAGACAAGUUAAUCUUGAGCUACGAGGGGAAUGGCCACUGCUAGUAAAAGCUAAUUUCCGCGAGCUGUGUUCAUUCAGGCAGUUUGAUUCAGAUUCUACAUUAUGCUUGUUCCCUUGGAAUCCAGGGGGUUAUUUGUUCAGAAUAACCACAGGGUUUCUUACUUCUAGUAGCGGUUCACAAUGGCAUGUUAUGUGUAUCAUUGCGGAGUCCAGCCAGCGCUUCUCUCAGAUUGCAAAAAGUGAUUGCUUGUUUCCAAUUUGUCUGAAGGUGAUGAUGCGGUGCUUGGUUCUACUAUCUUCUGCUGACAUUGAUUAUGAGCUGCGGCAUCGACCAGAUCAAACAAAAGAUCGUGGUGUGCUUGCGAAGUUCAGAAUAUUGCAUAUUUUUCUAGUUCCUUCAGUCAAGCUGCAACCAUGGCCUUCCUGCAGAUAUACAUUCACACAUUUUGAGCGGCAGUUCUUUCCCCAAUUACCUUUCCCUAGGACUGACAAAAUGCCAGACACAAGGCGACACAUGAACAUUUCAAUACAGUGGCAGCACCUGGACAUUAUGCUAGUUCUGGACCAGCACCUCGACAUUCCGAAUUCGCGGCUUGAUGUUUCUAACAAUUGUUGCUCUCUGUUGUGGCUCAGUUCAGAUUAUAUGCUCAAUUAUGCUAUGGAUGUGAUUGGAUCUGACCAGGGCAUCUACCUGUUGGACAUAUCUUGGGAUCCUGGAGGGAUGGCAUGGCCGUUGUUACCCGAAUUGGCUCAGCUAGUGGUCUUCGAAGGAGGAAAGUGUGUCAUCAUCUUAACUGCGGCCUACCUCGUCCAUGCCACUACAUUUCAUUUCGGCUACUACAUGGACUCCGAUGGAUUCAAGGUACAACAAGUUUUGUGGGAUCAAGGUGGUGUGAGCCUUUCAAGUCUUAUACAUCCUCCGGGGGGGGCCUACCUUGGCCACAACUACUGCUGCGACCUCGUCGAAAUCCACCCCGGCUUCGGCUACCACCGUUGACUACGACCGCUUCUUCAAGCUCGUUCAAGUCCACCUCAACAAUGGUUACUACUGCGACAACUACCAUGGCGACUCCAACAUGAUUGAUGAUCUUCAAGCACCAUGGGAUCCUGGCGAGCUCUUCGGGACAGCGGCUUGGGGGCAAGCCGCAUUUCAAGAAGGGGGGGGGAUGUUAGGAGCCCUCCUAACCGGCCAGCCCAUCCGUGGACAGCAUAUGGGCUGGGCUGGGCUGUGCACCCGUUGAAUCGUUGCCAGCUAUAAGUAAGUGGAGAGGAAGCAACGAGGAGGGUAUCCAGUGGAUCACGAACGGUGGCGGCGGCUUCCUUUCCUUCUUUCUCUCGCUCUCCAUUCCUGUACUCUAGCCAGAGCUUGUAAUUCGCACUUGUAUCUCGAAUUCCCCUGUGCAUGUAAUAGAUCGAGAGAGUAUGUACCAGUACCCUAA